CUCUCUCCUCUCCUCUCCUCUCUCUCUCAUCGGCGCCCAAUUCGGCCGAUACAUAUAUUUAUAUAUAAUAAUUUAUUUUUCGAAUCGAAUUUUUGCCAAUACAUUCAUUCCACUGCGAUUCGUCUACCGUUGGUCGUCGAUCCGUUAAUAGCGCUCAAUAUUGCUUCAAUCUCGGUCUUUCAAUUUGUUACCGUUUUGAUCAAACGUCAAAUUGAUUCGAUACUGUAGAUUCUCGAGGAUUUUGUAGCGCACAAGUUCUGUAACGGUGAUGCUUGAUUGAUCAUCAAGAAUUUGAGAGGAGGAGUCUUGAUUUGGUGGAGAGUUGUCGAGACAGAGAGAUGUCGGGACCACUGGAUCGAUUCGCGAGGCCUUGCUUUGAGGGUUCCUCUGGUAAUGAUGAGAGAAGAGAAAGAAAAUCUGAUUUUGAAAACUCAGAGGAUGAAAGAAGGACAAGAAUUGGUUCACUGAAAAAGAAAGCAAUUAAUGCAUCUACCAAGUUCAAACACUCUCUCAAGAAGAAGAGCAGAAGAAAGAGUGAUGGUCGAGUUAGUUCUGUCUCAAUUGAGGAUAUUCGUGAUGCUGAAGAGCUACAGGCCGUUGAUGCAUUUCGACAAGUACUGGUAUUGGAUGAAUUGCUACCUGAAAAACAUGAUGACUAUCAUGUGAUGUUAAGAUUCUUGAAAGCAAGGAAGUUUGAUAUUGAAAAAGCAAAACAUAUGUGGGCUGAUAUGAUUCAAUGGAGGAAAGAUUUUGGUGCCGACACUAUUAUGGAGGAUUUUGAAUUUAAUGAGUUGAAUGAAGUUUGGAAGUAUUACCCCCAUGGUUAUCAUGGCAUUGACAAGGAGGGAAGACCAGUCUACAUAGAAAGAUUAGGAAAAGUUGAUCCUAACAAACUUAUGCAAGUUACAACAUUGGAUCGCUAUGUAAAAUACCAUGUCCGGGAGUUUGAGAAAAGCUUUGCAAUUAAGUUUCCAGCUUGUACCAUCGCCGCAAAGAGACACAUAGAUUCGAGCACGACAAUUCUAGAUGUCCAAGGCAUUGGUUAUAAAAAUUUUACCAAGACGGCACGGGACCUUAUUAAUAGGAUCAACAAGAUUGAUAGUGACAAUUACCCAGAAACACUCCACCAAAUGUUUAUCAUCAAUGCUGGUACUGGUUUUAGGACGGUGUGGAGUAUUGUAAAGGGUUUUCUAGAUCCCAGAACAACUUCCAAGAUACAUGUUCUUGGAAACAAGUACCAGAAUAAGUUGCUUGAAAUAAUUGAUGCCAGUGAGUUGCCAGAUUUCCUUGGGGGCAGCUGUACCUGUUCAGAUCAAGGGGGGUGCCUUCGUUCUGAUAAAGGGCCAUGGAAAAACCCAGAAAUAUUAAAGAUGGUUCGUAAUGGGGAUGCAAGGCGAGCCAGACAGGUUGUUAAAAUUCUUAACAGUGAGGGGAAGGUGGUUGCUUAUGCCAAGCCACACUAUCCAAUGAUGAAAAACAGUGAUACAUCCACUGCAGAAUCAGGAUCUGAAGCUGAAGAUAUUGCUUCCCCCAAAGCCAUGAGGAGUUAUUCACAUCUUCGGUUGACUCCUGUUCGUGAAGAGGCUAAGGUUAUUGGAAAGUUAAGCCAUGCUGCUAGCUUCUCAGGAUAUGACGAAUAUGUUCCUAUGGUUGACAAGGCUGUUGAUGCUGGAUGGAAGAGGCAAGCAUCCUUUCAAAAGCCUUACGCCUCCAAGGGUAAGCAGAUCUUGCUUCGCUGUGGGACAUUUCCUCUGCCUGAUACUCAGAAGGCACCAGAAGGGCUUCGUGCUCGGAUUUUGGCAGUGCUUAUGGCCUUCUUCAUGACCCUUUUCACGCUCUUCCAUUCAGUGGCAUGCCGUGUAACCAAGAAAUCUCCCGAGACGUCAUCUGUUCAUGACCAAAAUAUUCCUGAACUUCCCUUUGAUGUGCUGCCCAAGGAGGAUUUUCGGCCACCCUCACCAACUCCAUCAUUUACCGAGGCAGAAAUGCUCUCCUCUGUAAUGAAAAGACUGGGUGAACUUGAAGAAAAAGUCAAUAUACUUCAAGCAAGGCCAUCUGAGAUGCCUUGUGAAAAAGCGGAACUUCUGAAUGCCGCCGUUUGCCGUGUGGAUGCCCUUGAGGCAGAGUUAAUUGCGACUAAAAAGGCUCUGCAUGAGGCUUUGAUGAGGCAAGAGGAUCUUCUUGCUUACAUAGACAGGCAAGAACAAGCUAAAUUUCGGAAAAAGAAGUUUUGCUGGUAAGAUGUGUGCGGAUGUGUGAGGUUGAUUGUUGUCUUUGGCUGCUUGAGUGUCAUGUACGAAUUCUAUUACUCAUGCGAAAGAUUUGUUGUUUAUAAUGAUGUGACCAGACUUUCUAUCGAGAUCUAAUACAUGGACUAUUGAGAAA